AUGAAACGGGUUAGCACCUCAAACUCUUCUAUCUCAGCUUCUCUUGAAAAGUUAAAGGAUGAGUUCCUAAAAUCUAACUUGGCCACUGAAGUUCCUGGUCUUGUUUCUUCACUUCAUCAACUUUCUCAAUCAAACAUUCUCUUCACCGCCCAUCUGAAUCAACAAAAUCACACCGUUUCCACUUUUUCCAAGCAUCAAGAUGAUUUUCUAACCACUCUCACCCAAGAAAUCUCUUCUCUCAAAUCACAAUCUUCCUCUGCUGCCACUUCUGAUGAUCGAACGUCCAAACUAGAAACAGAAGUUGGUGAAUUGAAAGGCAUGAUGCAUGAGAUGUUGGGCCUCCUUAAAACAAAAAUGGAAGCCGCUGAUGCCUCCGCUGCUUCCAAGGGGGAGAAAACAGCUGGGGAGGUCCCAACUGACAAAAUUCAGGCUGAAAAUGCUCCCCUUGGUUCCCAAAGUAUUGAAACUGAAGCAAAUGUUGAGGGGAAGCAAACAAAGGAAAGAAAAAAUGAUGAAGCUGAGAAGGUUGAUGUUGAGGGGGAGAAAAUAAAUGAAGAAGUUGCUAAGAAGACAGCUGAGGAGGUGCCAGCUGGUCUUACUGAAGUUGUUCCAAAGCCUGCUGAGGUUGUGCCAGCAAGGCCAAUCAAUGUAUCUUCCUUCAAACCAACUCCUGAGUUCCAUGCUGCUCUUGACAAGAGAUUUGCUGAAAAAGGUAAAGCAGUCAUGGUUUCUCAAAGCAAGCCACCCAAACCUCGUCAGCAAGAAAAAUUGAUGUUUGGAGCCUUUCCAAAAUCAACAACUGCCUCUAAUGAUCUUUCUACAGAAGAAAUUGUAGCUCAACAUGAAAUACUAAGCAAAAAGAAAGAAGAAGAGCUGUCAGCUAAGUUCAUCAGUGGGCAGAUUGUCAAUGAAGAAUUAAAAGGCGCUGAUGAAGAGACGAGAAAAUUGGGUUUGGCUGCUCUCAAGAGGAACAAGGAGCAAUUCUUUGCUAAGAAAGCUAAAACCUUGGAGGAGAGUCAGGCAGCUUAUCUCAAGACAAGAGAGAUCAGACAAAGAGAAGAAGAAAUUCUCAAGGUAACUCCUACUCUCACUCAGCAAGGCAUGAAUUUAUGUAUUCAAAGAAGAGGAAUGCCCAAAUCAAAGACAUUAGAAGCAAUACUAAGCAAAAAGAAAGAAGAAGAGCUGUCAGCUAAGUUCAUCAGUGGGCAGAUUGUCAAUGAAGAAUUAAAAGGCGCUGAUGAAGAGACGAGAAAAUUGGGUUUGGCUGCUCUCAAGAGGAACAAGGAGCAAUUCUUUGCUAAGAAAGCUAAAACCUUGGAGGAGAGUCAGGCAUCUUAUCUCAAGACAAGAGAGAUCAGACAAAGAGAAGAAGAAAUUCUCAAGGUAACUCCUACUCUCACUCAGCAAGGCAUGAAUUUAUGUAUUCAAAGAAGAGGAAUGCCCAAAUCAAAGACAUUAGAAGCAAUACUAAGCAAAAAGAAAGAAGAAGAGCUGUCAGCUAAGUUCAUCAGUGGGCAGAUUCUCAAUGAAGAAUUAAAAGGCGCUGAUGAAGAGACGAGAAAAUUGGGUUUGGCUUCUCUCAAGAGGAACAAGGAGCAAUUCUUUGCUAAGAAAGCUAAAACCUUGGAGGAGAGUCAGGCAGCUUAUCUCAAGACAAGAGAGAUCAGACAAAGAGAAGAAGAAAUUCUCAAGAUCAAAGACAUUAGAAGCAAAGAACGAAAAUACAAAGUGAAAGAUUCUUUGCUCAGCUCUGCCAGACAUCCUUAUCCUCCUCUUCCUCCCCAGCAACCAAGAAGUGGCACCAAGAGGACAGCUGCUGGUCAAGCAGUCUCUCAGCUCCCUUCUAUUCUCAGAGCUGUCCCGAAAGCAAACAUUGAAUAA